AUGGCACUCCCAAAUUUUGAUGCUCUAAGAGACUUGCACGAAUCGGCUAACGACAUGCUUCACUCCCCGGUGAUCAAACGAGAUAUCGCUCAUCAGGGUCAGGAGAAAUGGACACACGAGGUAUCAGAAACAUCGUUAAGGAUGUUGGACGUUUGUGGUACCACCAAAGAUGUCCUUUUGCUUGUUAAGGAUCAUGUUCAUGAUCUUAAGUGCACGUUCAGAAGAAUCAGUGUUGGGAAAAACGCGAUAACGGAGAACAAGUUCGCGCCUUUUCAUUUUCAUAGGAAGAAGUUGAAGAAAGAGAUGUUAAAGCGAUUGCAUUCCUUAAAAGGAAUGAAAAAUAACACUAAAUGUAUCGAUUCAUCGUCAUCGUCGAUAGAUAAUGAAAAUAAUCUUAUGGUGGUUGUUAAUGUAUUAAGAGAAGUUAGAGUGGCAACAAUGUCAAUAUUGGAAUCUUUGAUGGCACUUAUGUCAAUGCCAAGUCCAAAUGCGACACGGAAAACGAGUAAAGGGUAUUUUGGUUCGAAAUUAUUGAUGAGAGUAAAUAGCUUAAGUUCGUGGGAAAAAUGUGAUGCGAUGACAUUACAAUGUGCUAAUAAAAGAUUGGAAGCCGUGGAAUUAGCCAUUGAAAAUCUUGAAGGAGAACUUGAAUGUAUUAUUCGAAGAUUGAUUCGAACAAGAGUUUCACUUUUAAAUUUACUUACUUACUAG